CCACGGAAAAGAAAUUGAAAAAUAGACUUCCUAAACAGUUGCCCGAAACAAAGGUGAAGCUCAGAACAAAUACUCUCUAAGAAAAUCUUAUUCCAAUAUUCUCCUCUUUCUCUGCUCUGACGCUGUGGUGGUUUAGGAGAUUGAUGGCUCUGAUUCAUAUUUCAAAUCCCACCCAGUGCUUGCUGAAAUUCAAGACAAACCUUCCUGCUUCUGAGGCAUCUUCUCGUCGAUCCAAUUGCUCUGUUGCAGGUAGAAGGAAGUGGGUUGUUGCUAUGACAUCUCAAAUUCCAGCACAACAUGUUCAGGAGACUCAACAAAGCUUGACUGGUGAUUCUUUUAUUCGUCCCCAUUUGAGGAAAUUGUCUCCUUAUCAACCCAUUCUCCCUUUUGAGGUUUUGUCAACACGUCUUGGAAGGAAGCCUGAGGACAUUAUAAAAUUAGAUGCAAAUGAAAAUCCUUAUGGUCCUCCCCCUGACGUUCUUGAAGCCUUGGGAACAAUGAAAUUCCCAUAUGUCUAUCCUGAUCCUGAAAGUCGUCAAUUGCGAGCAGCACUUGCCAUAGACUCUGGUCUUGAAUCUGAUUAUAUUCUUGUGGGUUGUGGCGCAGAUGAACUCAUUGAUCUGAUUAUGCGAUGUGUGUUGGACCCUGGUGAUAAAAUUGUAGACUGCCCUCCUACCUUCACGAUGUAUGAAUUUGAUGCUGCUGUUAAUGGCGCUCUUGUCAUCAAAGUUCCAAGGAAGCCAGACUUUUCUUUGAAUGUGGAUCUCAUCAAAGAUGUUGUUUGUAAGGAAAAACCUAAGUGCAUAUUCCUCACUUCUCCAAAUAACCCAGAUGGAAGUGUAAUUAGUGAUGAAGAUCUCUUGGAAAUUCUUGACCUCCCCGUACUAGUUGUUCUUGACGAAGCAUAUAUAGAGUUUUCCUCAACUGAAUCAAAGAUGCAGUGGGUGAAGAAGUAUGAGAACUUGAUUGUACUUCGAACGUUCAGUAAAAGAGCAGGUUUAGCUGGACUUCGUGUAGGAUAUGGAGCAUUUCCUUUGAGUAUCAUUGAAUAUCUUUGGCGAGCAAAGCAACCUUACAAUGUAUCUGUUGCUGCUGAAAUUGCUGCAUGUGCAGCAUUGCAGAACCCCUCCUACUUGGAGAAGGUAAAAAAUGCCUUGGUACAAGAACGUGAGAGGUUGUAUAAUCUUCUAAAGGAUGUGCCAUUCUUAAAUCCAUUUCCUAGUCACUCUAAUUUCAUCCUUUGCGAGGUGACAUCGGGAAAGGAUGCGAAGAAAUUGAAGGAGGACCUGGCAAAAAUGGGAGUGAUGAUUCGUCACUAUGACAAAAAAGAGUUAAAAGGCUAUGUUCGUGUGACUGCCGGGAAGCCUGAACACACUGAUGCUUUGAUGGACUGUCUUCGAUGCCUAUCAUAAUCAGUCCCAUUUAUUGGGAAGCUUUAGAAUCUAAAGGAUUUAAGGUUCACCUCUCCGUAUGACUUUGAUCAAAUUAUUUGCCACAACUGCUGACUGUAAAACAUGGACACGUUGGUUUUUCUUUUGGAAGGAGAACAAGCUGAAUCUUUUUGUAAGCAGUUGAAGGAAAACAAUAGCAAGGGAUUUUGGUCCAUGGAAUUUUGCUAAACCUCACAAAUGUUUGGUAACACAAGAGACUUGGUCUGCUCAUUUUUCUCCCCCUUUAUUCUCAUUGGAAGACUUGAAUAUAUAUGCCUAAAGAAUUGGGGAAUUUUUAUUCUGAGUGAACAAUUUAACUUUUACCUUCUAGUGUUAUAUGAAUCUAAACUUAAAUAAUUGACGGAAUAAAUCUUUUGUUCAGUAUAA